AUGCUUGAAACUCCUAGUUUUGUUGCUUACAACCACCAAUAUAAUUUGGUAUUGAAGCAAUUGAAGAAACUUUGCGUUGGUACCCAAGCUGCUUUUGUUAUUCAGUGCAACAUUACUUUGUUUUGUUUAGCUGUAUAUCCUAUUUGGGAAUCAAAUAAACCUUUACCGUUGGAAUUUGAGCAUUUUAAUUCAGGCAUGUUUCAUUAUCCUUUUUACAUGUUUGAAGUUAUUGGGGCAUACAUUUGUGCUUAUACUAAUAUUUGUUUGGAUUUGCUUUCUGUUGGUUUCAUAAUGAUUUCAGCUACCCAGUUGAGAAAGUUGAAUAUAAAGUUGAUUGAUAUGAAGGAAAAUGUUAAAAGUUUGCCCGAUUAUUCAGAGGAAAAUUCGGAAAAGCUAACUUUGGAUUAUUUAAAAGAGUGCUGCAUCCAUUACAGCGAUAUUGAAGAAUUUUCAAAAUGUAUUCAAGAUUGUUUCAGCAUAAUUUCUUUUAUUCAAAUGGUCACUGGAUGCGUAUCUGUUUGUAAUGCUUUAAUGCUACUAACCUCACUAUCACCAACAUCCCCUGAAGCUAUAUUUUUAUUCUGCUACACAAUUUCCAUGCUGGCCGAACUAGGAUUGUAUUGUUGGUUUGGGAAUUUCGUUUAUCAUGAGAGUUUAGAAAUUGUAACUUCUUGCUACUUUUCCUCUUGGUACGAAUGCAGUCCAAGAGUGAGACGGUCAUUGUUUAUUUUAAUGGAAAGAAACAAAAGGCCUAUUGAAGUUAAAGGGCUCAGUUUGAUAACAUUGUCCCUGGACACAUUUAUUUCAAUUUUGAAAUGGACUUAUUCGUAUUAUGCUUUGCUGAGGAAUUAUAAAGCCAAACAUCAUUUGUAUAACUCAGAGAUGUAA